GUCAAAGCCUGUGGUCGUCCGUAAGUAUCGCUUGUUAAACUUUGCUAUAUACAAUAACCAGAAUGUUUUGUAGCCAUGCGUGUAUGCAUGCAUGCAUGUCCUCAUUACUAUAGGGUAUAGUAGGGAACCUAAUAUGUGUUGGACCUCACCGAGGUCUUGAAUUUUGAAAUAUUUCCGGAUGUAGCCGGAUUCAUGUUUCCCUUGUUAGGGUCAGCAGGUAGAGUUAGGGAUAGGCAUGGAGUUAGGAUCAGGAACUUUAAAACAGCCGAGACAUAACCUAUAACUCAAUUUUUAAAGCGAGAACGUAACGCUGGCCAAUUUAGUGAUUUGUAAAAAUGCUCCGUUGAAGAGUCCGGGUUCGAAAACGACGUAUGUAUGAAAUGACACACCACGACUACUACAAAACUCGGCAGUUCGCUUCGGCUUGCUCCAGUUAUGACCUCUAUGGCUAGGCCGGCCAAACAUCCUUCGUGUGGCUCAGCCCUCAGUGAGAGCACGAAGUCAUAUUGCUUGCUUUAUAAUAUUUUUUUUAUCUUCAUGAAAUGAGUUAAUAAAACUUACAUUUAUCUUAUUUAUUGUAGAUGGAGUAAUCAGUGUUCGUCGUUCAAGUUUUAUAACAUUGGGUGUUCAUCAUCGAGUCUCAGUGCGACCCUUCCGUGGGGAAAUAACCUUGCCACCCCUGCUAUAAAAUGUUAUGGAAAUCCAUUUGGAACUUCGCUGUCAUGGAGUCAUUGA